CAGCACCAGCAGGGCUGCUAGGAAUCAGCAAGAAGUGUUGUCGGUGGUUGCCAUCUCCCGUCCCCUCUCUUGGACUGACAGCGAUGGGUUUGAACUUCUCUGCACAGCUGGACGACAGAAUGCGCCACUACCUGAGAGGGAGGGCUGACAGGUUGCUGAAUGACAUUCGGCCCCACUGUCGCCGACAGUACGCGGCAGCCUUCCUCAGCCGCGUCUGGAACGAGCUGGAGCCGCGGGCGGGCCAGGGCACUCAGCUGCUGCAGAAGAAGGAGCCCAGAGAUGCCGACCAAGUGAUUUCCAGUGGUUACAUAAUGCAGUACCUGGAAAGCAAGAAGAAGUGGAAGGAGAGAUAUUUCGUAAUUAAGGCGAGCUACGGCUUGGACUGCUUUGAAAGUAAAGAGGCUGCCCAGCGAGGACUGAAAGCAGACAGCACAGUACAACUGUCAGGGUACAGCCCGCUGAGCUCGGUGUCAGCCUACAGGGAGUUACUGAACCAAAGCUGGCCAGUCUUCAAUGCUGUGGCAGACACCUACUUGGAGGAGCAGCACUUGAACUUCCCGACAAGUCACCAGCUCUUCCUGUGGCAUUCCUACAAACCCCACCUGCUCCUCUGUUUCCACACCGAAGAGGACUGUCACGCCUGGAGCAUGCUGUUUGCCGAUGGGAUUCGACAUUUAAACACUGUGCUGUACGGCAGAGAUACUUUUGAAGUCUGCGCAUUACUGGAGGCUGUGCGUGUGUAUCGAGAGCAGAAAAGACAUUACGGAACCUGUGACUUGUACUUGGGCUCAGAGAUUGAGAUCCUGAGUAACCUGGUGAUGGAAGACCUGUGCCCCGUGUUGGAGUCUGAGCUCAUCCCCCAUAUCAGAGGGGCAGAGAGUAAACGGAAGCAGGCCUGGCUGAAAAUGCUGGGGGAGAUGUAUGCAGUGGUGGAGGCCCAGGUCUCCACGGAGUUCCCGGCUCUACUCAGAGAGAAUGAAGAGCAGAGGCAGCAGCUGGAGAGGACGGUCCGCCCCGACUUCAACCAAAUCCUCACUGCCAAGAAGCAGCUCAUGGAGAAGAUCCAAGCUUCGCUGGGGGAGCGAGUGCGCUGCUUUUGCCGAGAUGAGGUUCGGCCCCAGCUCAGACCGGUGCAGGAGCAGGUGGCGGGUUCCAUGGCCGCUGCCCUUGGGGAGGCUCGAAGGCUCUUCUCAGAGGAAGUUAGUGAGGUGAUCAAUAAGGUGAAGAGUGGAGAAAACAGCUCGAAACUGGCCCAGGUUUGCAGCCAGCUCCUGGUUUUACCAUAUCACUCAGUCCAGAUGCAUCACUGCUACAAGAAGACUGAAGAGCUGGAACAGUACCUGAGCGAAGUGGGGCCUCGGUUCACUUUCUGUGGUGUCCGUUUCCUGAUGCAUCGAGCUCAAAACAUUGUCCAACAGUUGAUGGAAGAUGCCAUUUACACCUUUCAACACAUGCUCACCCCAAUGCAGCCACCCACUGGUCACCCCGGAGAAACCAGCCUGCUCCUUGAUAAUACCAGGACCCUCGUACUGAAGAAGUUUGACUCGGACAGCAAUGCGGCCGGGCGCCAGUUUGUUCGGGACACCCUCCUGGAACUUUUCCUCCCGUUUGUCCUCAAGACGCUGGAACCUGUUUGCAAACCGGAACUGCCUGAAUAUGAAGCAUACGUGUCUGCAGAUGAUGAGGGAGUAAUACAGAUUGAAGCCACCUACAGGGAGCUUGUCCUUCAUAUUGUGUCAGAAGAAAUUAACAAAGCCACAAAGGAGACCGCCGCACAACCAAAGUUCAGUCUAUACAAUGAAAGUAUGGCUUACCUGUGGGACAAUGAGCCCCAACUCUCCACUGCUGAGUACCCCAAAUCCAUCCAUUCAACCAGUCCUACAGAGUUAUCAGGGCAGUCAUCAGCACUUGGAACAAUCAGAGAACACGUGGAUCACACUGAGAGUACGCCAGCCUCAGGAACUAGCAUGGAAGUAGACGGAAUAUAAUGCAAAGCUCGAGUGAGGACUGAAGGAGAUGAACGGAGAUGUGGGACACGUGCAGAUUAGAAGUGAAGUUCAAAAGAAAGAGCUCAGUCCAACAAGCCAAAGUCAUUUGCAGACAUGAAUGAGAUCUUGGACACACCGCCAGAGGUGACUGAUAUGGACCCCAGUCAUCGUUCAGAUAACUAUUAUCCUGGGACAUCCAACAGAUGGCAGUAUUCAAUGAUGACAAUGUUGGGUGGAGGCAACUGAAUGCAAAAUUAUUUAUUUAAUUAGAAAUAUAUCUUGAAAAGUUAAAAUUUGGAUCUGUAACAAGUUUUUAAUAUAUGAUCUUGAAUAACUAAAGCUGAAAGUGUUCUGUUCUUAUUCUUUAAUUUUAUAGUGGAGUUGGAUGACUUGUUUAUCUAUUCGUUGGUGACCAUUGCUGCUCUACACAGCACAGCUGGCUGUAUGCACAUACUGGAAUGAUUGCAACAAAUCACGUCGACCGUCAUUUAGCCUUUUAUGGGGUUGGGGGGGGAGGCGGGUUGGAGUUGUCGUACCUUAGUGCUUUGUCUCCUUGGAACGGAUAUCAGAAUUAUUGCCAGUUGCACAUUAAUCUAUGCAAAUCUUUUACAAAAUAGCAUAAAAGGAAUUU